AUUUUUUAAUCAUAACGUCUGUGGAAGAUGAUAAAAUUGUAAAACAGAAACGGCAGCCUUUAUGUACAAAGAGCCUCAUAUCCCCAGAGGAGGCUGUGGGAUUGUGGGUGAAAUCCACUGAUAUCCAAAGCCCCAUGUCAUUGGCUGGACAAAGAUCAAGUAUUAUUUAUUCACAGUACUGGCGUUACACUGCAGGUCUUGAGUUUCUUGGGCACAGCGUGUGGGAUAUUUAGUAAUCAAUCAGAGACUAAGGAUACAUUAACUUAGAGAAAAAAAUUAUAUUUAUUUAACCCUUAUUUCUCUGUGGAAUCUGGAAAUCUGCAGUCUGAGACCUGCCCUGCCUGUGGCAGGAUGAAGCCUUUGUGAACUUGUAGUCAGAUUCUGCUAAUGACACAAGUUAAGGACACAUCCCAAACCUCCCACUUGUACACUGCUGGGCCCAGCUUACUCUUGUGAGAGGCUUUUUACUAGCUGAGACUCUCACAAGUCUUAUUAACAUCUAAAUACAUUUAGAGCCAUUUUGGGGGAAGGUGUCAUUUGUAGGCAGUAGCUGAAUUUGGGCUUUUGAAUUUUUAAAAAUUAUCAGAAAGAUCCAGUAUCUACUUGACAGAGGUUUGGCUGGAGAUUCAGGGACCAGGAAGUUGCCAUCCCAGCAGUACCUCCAUUUAUGUUGUUGUGUUGAAAGCUUUAUGGAUAACAAUUUUAGCUCAACCUACCUUGGCAAGCAUCCAACACAAGUCCAAGUCCCACCCAUGUGCUUCUAUUCACCAUCAUAAUUUCCUUAGAACUGAGAUGUGAACUUUGGAACUAGCAUAUGGCUAAACAGGAGGCUGUAAGACCGGAGACAGGUUAUUUCACAGCUGGUUAUACAAGGUCUAAUGUGUUAGGAAAUUCGGAUGAACCAUGAAAUUCAGUACAGGAGUUUUGUACAUCUGUUUCCAGAGGUUCAAAAGCCCACAGUAAAGGAGGAAAUGGCAGCUCACAGAUUAAACUCUCAGCAAGGGGAGGUGUGGAGUCAGCCACAGCUGAGCCUGGUGCUGCUGGGAGAGAGGCUGUCUGGGAAGAGCUCGGUGGGCAACGUGCUGCUUGGCCGGAGGCAGUUUGAGGCAGGUGAAGUGACAUCACACAGCAGGAAGGGGACCGGGAUGGUGGCAGGCAGGCAGGUGACUGUCGUGGACACUCCGGGGUGGUACGUUGAGCGUCGCACGCCGGAGAGUGUUCACCAGGAGAUAGAAUUGGGCGUGGCACUCUGCCCCACAGUGCCCCGCGUCUUCCUGCUAGUCCUCUGUAUCACUAAAGAGUUUGGUUUGGCUGAGUGGAGAGCCAUGUGUACACAUCUUGGACUCCUACAGUUUCCUGUGUGGACUCACAGUGUGGUGCUGUUCAACCCAGGGGACCAACUGGGGGCUCAGAGCAUAGAGGAGAACAUUAAAGGGGGUGGUCAGUAUCUCCAGAGGCUCAUGGAAAUGUGUGGGAACAGGUACUGUGUUCUUGGCCGUGAUGGACAGGCUCUGAUUGCACAGCUUCUGGAAGAGAUGGAACCAUUGGCAGAAGGAAGGAGAUCAAACACCACUCAGAUCCAACAGAAGAGAGAGGGAGCUGAAUGGAAGCGGAGGGAGGAGGGUGAGAGAUUCCUGGUUUGGAUGGAGAAGCAGACCCAGAAACCCACAGCGCUCCAUAUGGCAGAACUGGACCAUGGCUCUGCACUGACCCUGGUGCUGCUGGGUAGAAGAUUGGCAGGGAAGAGCUCAGCUGGAAAUACCAUCCUGGGUGGGAGACAGUUUGAGAGCGGGAAGAAGACUGUGUGCUGUGCAGAGAAAUGGGGUACGGUGGCCUGGAGGAGGAUCACUGUGGCCGACACUCCUGGCUGGAGUCAGUAUGGGCUGGCCAAUCGGGAGCAAGUGAGGGCGGAGAUCAUGCGGAGUGCUUCCCUGCACCCACACGGGCCCCGGGCUUUCCUCCUGACCAUCCCAGUGGACUCCUUCACUGAGAGAAACCGGAGGGCGGUGGAGGAGCACCUUGGUCUCCUGGGAGAGUGCGUGUGGAGACGCACAUUAGUGCUCUUCACCUGGGGUGACAAGCUGAACGGGAGGAGCAUUGGGCAGCACAUCAAAAAAAUGGGCGUGGCCCUCAGUGGCCUGGUGGAGAAGUGUGGCAACAGGUAUCACGUCUUCAACAACAUAAACAGAGCCAAUGAUACUCAAGUCAUUGAGCUGCUGGAGAUGGUCGAUCGCAUGUAAACAGACCUUUAUUCACAUGAACGGUCUACGGCAAAGCUCUCAGCAGAUCUUUCCAAAGUCAGUCCCAGGCACACUGGCGUGUACUGUUUUUCAUUCCAGGUGCCAAAACCAUUUUCUUUGUCUAUUAUUGUAAGUUAAGUUGGUUGACUGUAAAGAGGCUACAUUAUAUUUUUGUGGAUUUCAUAUUAAAUAUGAGAGUAUGACCAGCUCCUAAAGUGUGUGUAAACAUUAUUUAUAAAAUGUAUGCAUAAAUUAAAUAAAAUUGUACUCACACAUGUUCAUUAAA